GCGCCUACCUAAUAUUUUGCAGUAGGCGUUCCGUAAUCGCAUUCAAAUCCGCGUAAUAAGAACUGAAAAAUUCACGACAGAAUCGUUUUAUCAUCCGGAAAACGCCACUCAAUUCUACCUUUGCCUCGAAGUUCGAACUCGAUUCCCAAAGCGGACUUGUGAACAUCAAAACCUGUAUCGGCCGAAGUGAGCCCAGGUGUGAACUACAAUAUGGGUGUGGGAUUUUCCAGGGUGGAAGAGGGAUUCAAGUGAGGGUUCUAGAAUUGGAAUUGUUGUAGACUUUUGAGUGUUUGUUGGAGAUUUGGUAUUGGGUGCGAAAGAUAUGAGAAGUGACGUUUGGAGAUGGGUUUUAGGUCUGAUAUAUAUAUUUGCUGUUGCAACGAUUUGGAUUGCUGCUAGCUUCGUGGUUCAAUCUGUUGUAGAUGCAGGUGUUUCACCAUUUCUCAUUACGUAUAUUUGCAAUUCUUUAUUUGUGAUUUAUAUCCCCUUAGUUGAAAUUGGGCGUUAUUUGGAGGAUUCCUAUGGAAAUCUAUGGCUUUCAAGAAAAAAGAAGGAUAACCAUUUGCAAGAAUUUGGGGAUUCCGAGGAUAUCACUCUUCUUGGGGAAGGAGAUUUAGGUCUGAAAGUUGGUUCAACUUCGUUGGUCGUGGAGCAGGAAAAAAUAAGUCAUGGGAUGGGUAUUGGUUCAGAAAGCAAAUGCAAAUCAUAUGAAUUUGAAAGGCUUUCACAAGAUCAAAGCAAAGUUUGUGAGGCUGCUAAUGAGCAACUUGAUGUGAAAGGCCGAUGGACACGCACCAGAGUGGCAAAAGUCAGCCUGUUAAUUUGCCCGUUUUGGUUUCUGGCUCAACUCACAUUUAAUCUCUCGCUGAAGUAUACUACAGUCACGUCAAACACCAUUCUAAGCAGUGCCUCCAGCCUUUUCACCUUUUUGGUCUCUCUAGCCUUCUUAGGGGAGAAGUUUACAUGGGUGAAGCUUGUGAGUGUUCUUCUUUGCAUGGGAGGAACAAUAAUUGUCAGCUUGGGUGACUCUGAAACGGGACUUAGUGCAAUUGCUAGCAACCCUGUUCUUGGAGACAUUCUUGCUCUUGUGUCAGCAGCCUUGUAUUCUGCAUAUAUCACCCUUAUUCGCAAAAAGUUACCUGAUGAUGAUGGAAAAUGUGGUCAUGCCAGUAUGGCACAGUUCCUUGGAUUCUUGGGGUUGUUCAACCUCUUGAUAUUCCUACCUGUUGCUCUUGUCCUUAAUUUUACCCAGCUGGAGCCUUUUCAUGCGCUUACCUGGAAGCAGCUUGGUCUAAUUGUCGGUAAAGGUUUGUUGGAUAACGUGCUGAGCGAUUACUUGUGGGCUAGGGCCGUUCUUCUGACGUCGACAACAGUUGCAACUGCUGGUCUGACAAUUCAGGUUCCAUUAGCAGCAGUUGUGGAUUCGCUAACAGGCAAUGCCCCUCAUCCUAUGGAUUACCUUGGAGCUGCAGCUGUCAUGGUUGGAUUCGCCGGUAUCAACGUCCCUUCUGAUGAUUUUUGUCAAUCAAAAGAAGUCAGUGUGGAGUCGGAAGAUGGAAAUAAUAGUUCAAACGCUACUGCCAACUAGAAAAUGCUGGUUGGCUUCGAUAAUACAGCAUAAUUAUCAUGUAAGGCACAUUCUUUUUGUAUAAAUUGUUCUGUUUAGUGGAAAUCAUUUGGAAGUGUAUACUGCCCCCAUCUUCUGUUCGUAGAAGAGAAAUUACUUAGUUAUUUCACUAAUGCACGCUGUUUAAUGGCCAAAUCAUUUCAGAAUGUAAGCCAGUGCCUUCUGGAUUUCAAUACUCCUUGAUGAGAGAAACUACCGAAGUCCCAUUAUUACCAAAA